AUGUCAGAUGAUGAGAUUAAGCAGUUGUGCUUAAUAGAUAUAGACAAGAUCUUACAUUCCUAUGAUAAAAUCUUGAAAGACUAUCCUCCUAUGCCUUUAGCAACUGAAGUUGAUAGUUCUUUGUUAACCGAAAGGGUUAUUAGGGAAGAGCUAAACUUUAACAGGGAUGAUUUAAAGAAAAAUGCCUUAGAUAUGUUAGCCAUCGCAACACCUGAGCAGAAAUAUGCAUUCGAUAAAAUUGUUACAACUAUGGGUGAUAUUGUGUUAAACAUUGCUUCAAGUGGUAUUGCAUCUUUACUUCUUUCCAAUGGAAGAACGGCACACUCAAGGUUCAAAAUACCGCUGAAUAUAACUGAGUAUUCUGUAUGUAACAUCAAACCUGGUUCCCCUCAAACAAUGCUGCUAUUGAAAGCCAAACUUAUAAUUUGGGAUGAGGCUCCAAUGGUGCUCAAACUAACAAAAAACAUGAGACUCUCUGUAGGGACGACUGCUUCAGAUCAAGAGGAGACAGAGCAAUUUGGUGAGUGGUUAUUGAAAGUUGGUGAUGGUCUAAUAGGUAACAAUAUGGAUGGUGAAUCUAAGAUAUGUCUUCCAGGAGAUAUUGUUAUUCUUUCUUCGGACCAGGCAUUUGAUGAGUUGGUCAACAACCAUCUUAUGGCUAUCAUUCCUGGAGGAAAAAAAUUAUAUCUCAGUUCAGAUUCGAUUUGUAUGGAUGAAGGGAAUAUGGAGAGUCAACUAGAUCUCUAUGGUCCUGAAUUACUGAAUAGCAUAAAUUGCUCUGGUUUGCCUCCACAUAAAUUAAUAUUCAAAGUUGGUGUUCCGGUGAUAUUACUGAGGAAUAUUGACCAAUCCAGUGGUCUUUGUAAUGGUACAAGGCUACAAGUUAGGAAGUUUGGAAAUCAUGUCAUAGAAUGUGAAGUCUUCAUGGGUAACAAUGUUGGUCAUAUUGCUUUGAUUCCAAGAAUGAAUAUAGUACCAACAAAUGAAACCGUCCCAGUUAGAUUCCAACGAAGACAAUUUCCAUAA